CUGAAUCGAAUUAGCUCAAUGUUUUAACCCAAAUCAAAUAAAACUGAAUUGAUGAUUAAUCUGCAAAGGAUACUGAGAUAUAAGUUAGAACUUGGGACAAAAUCAUGAUCCAGAACCUGCUUUGGAUUUUGAGAAACGGAUAUCGAAUCAAUCAAUCGUUCAUUCAUUCUGGUAAUGGAAUACAGUACAAAUGAAGCAGAAUAAUUGAUGUACUGAGAAAGGCAGUGCCAAGGAGAAAUGUUAAGAACAUGCUUGUAGCUAUCGAAUAUCACCAGCAGCAGGAGACCACAAUCCACAAGCAAAUUGUGGCCUAUUUUGGCAAUGCCGUGGGAAUAAGGCAGCUUUACUGGUAAAAGCAACGGCCCCUGUUUUCAUGGAAUAAAGUGGCCGGAGCUGACUGCCUUGCCACUCAGAGCACUCACCACCUUUCCCCAGUAUUUAUAUUCUUCUUCCUUCUUCUACCUCUUCCAUUACAUUCACAAUCUCCUCUCCCUUACCUCUUUUCCCACUUCCCGCUUAUCUCAAGCCAGGGUCGUUCUGAUAAAGAAAUUCGACGAAUGUCUAAUUUGGUGGAACUGAAAGUCGGUCUGCACUGUGACGAAUGCAUCAAGAAGAUCCUCAAGGCCAUAAAAAAGAUCCACGAUAUUGAAACAUACGAUGUGGAUACACAGCUGAACAAGGUUACCGUGACUGGAAACGUCACCACUGAACAAGUCAUCACAGUUAUCCACAAGAUCGGCAAGACCGCCACCAACUGGGACGAUGAAGAACGCCAGCUCCAGCAGCAGUUCUAACUCUCUAAGAACCCUGCAGUCUGAACACCACCCAAUUCUCUGUAGCCCUGAAAAUGAUUGCCGUUCUAUCACCCCAUUUCGAUUUUGUACUGAAUGAAUAAAUUAGCAGACGAAUGAAGAGUGAGAUUUACAGAAAAGGUAGUAACAAAGAUCUGUUCUUUCA